UCGAGAACCAAAAUGGCUGCUCAACAAUAACAGUUUCUAUGCUAAUACCUCUGACCUUUCACCUUUCCCCAGUUGCACGGCGUGGUUUGUGUGUUGCUAGUGUGGUUACUGCAGCGUGUUUGACACAAAUCGACAGCAGCAUGGCAUCUUCUGCUAAAAGGCGAGCUGUGGGAAUGGGAGAAAAUCCUGAAGAUGACGAGAUGAGCUCGGAUGAGAGACUGGACGAUGAUGGAGAAUCUGAAGAGGACAGUGAGGAGGACUCGGAGGAAGAAAUAAACGAGGAAGUGGUGGUGGAUUUUGAGGCUCAUACGAUAUCCGACAACGACUUCAAUGGGAUCAAAAAGCUUCUACAUCAGCUGUUUUUGAAGGCUCAUCUGAACACAUCUGAACUGACGGACAUAAUAAUUCAACAGAAUCAUAUUGGAAGUGUUAUCCGGCAAGCAGAGGUGCCAGAGGACAGUGAUGACGAGGAUCCAGACGAGGUGUUCGGCUUCAUCAGCAUGAUCAACCUGACCGAGAGGAAG